CGGCCCCGUCCAGCCAGCUGCAGUCCGCCGCCCGGCAGAGGCAGCUCGCGGCUCGCAGGCGCGCCACGUACACACCACGUGCCACGUGCGGCGCGAGCGCGCUAUGAGUGCACGUGCCGGCGGCGGACGGACGACACUGGUGGCGACGGCACGUGACCCGCGGACGGCGCCGUGAGUGGAGCCCGCUCUCCGUGAGUCGUGAGUGGGUCGUGACCGGUGACCUGCGCUCCGUGACCUGUGCUGCGUGACCUCGCUCCGUGACCUAAGCUCAGUGACCUACGCUCGGUGACCUGCGCCGGCUGUGUGAGCGGGCUCCUGCGGUCGAGGCGGUGACCUGCGCUCACGUCUGUCGCCCGGAAGUCACGUACAGGAUGGCACCGAGGAUGGUUACAACCGUCAUCGUACUGGUGCUCGUGGCACUAACCGCCAGGGCAGAGAUCCUGCGCGACCUUCACCGGCACAUGACCGAUGCGGAGUGGCGCCACUUCCUGGGCACGGCUGACUCCGAGUAUGAGGUCAUCUUCAUCAACGACCGAGGCCCGCGCGGCGGCAUUCACAAGAGGGACGUCAGCGGUCAGCAGCAGGAGGAGGACCUCGUCUUUGAGGCCUUCGGAAAGCCGUACAGUUUGCGGCUGGAGCCGAACCGUCACCUGCUGACCGAGGCCAGCACCGUGGUCACCCGGCUGGGCGGCAACUCGAGCCGGCAGCUGGACGUUGGAGCGGGCAGCUGCCACUUUCUGCACGCGGGCACCGAGCUGACGGCGGCCGUCAGCCGCUGCCGAGACGGACAGCUGCGCGGUUUUGUCUCAGACGGUGAGAUGCUGCUCGACAUCGCACCUCUCACACCGCGGCUCAAGGAGCUGGUGCACACUCACAGCAAGAGGUCCACGACCUCUGUCGGCUUCCCCCACCUGGCCCGCCGCGCCAAGGCCACUGAAAUCGACUCCUUCGUCCACAGCAUCAACAUCCAGAACGACUUCGUCUUCCCGCACGAGAUAAACACCGACGACUUCGAUGACGACGAUGAUAUCGUUACGCUAGAAGACGGCACGAGGGUAUUGCAAACGGCGGCGGCGGCCCUGGAGGAGGACCGCCUGCCCACCCGGGACGGGCGCAGAAUGAUCGAACUCGGCCUCUACGUCGACAAGGCCGCCAGAGAAACGUUCCUGCCCUUCUUCGACAACGACAUGAACGCCUUCGUCGACUUCAUCCUGGGCUUCAUAAACCAGAUUCAGGCGCUAUACUAUCUGCCCAGUCUGGGCACCAAGGUGGACAUCAGCAUCAACUACCUGGAGAUAAUGGAGACGCAGCAGAUCAGCCACUACGACGGGGAGCGGGCGCAGCUGCUCACCUCUUUCUGUCGCUACAACGCCGGCAGGAACAAGAAGGCGCCCGGCAAAAACACCUGGGACAUGGGACUCUACCUCUCCGGUCUGGAUUUCUUCGAGCAGCUGAAGGGCCGCCGGUCCCCAGUGACCAUGGGUCUGGCCGUCAUCGCCGGCGUCUGCUCCCCGAAAUACUCGUGCGUCAUCGGGGAGCUCGGCACCACCAACAGCCAGGGCAAACCGUACCCGUCUGCCGGCUUCACGUCCGCCUACAUCAUGGCUCACGAGAUCGGCCACAACCUGGGCAUGUUCCACGACGGUCAGCAGAACGCGUGCGCCAAGGACGGCUUCAUCAUGUCGCCGAGUCGUGGUGUGAAGGGGGAGACGACGUGGUCCUCCUGCAGUCGCGACACACUGCGGGGCCUGCCUCAGAACUGUCUGAACGACCUACCGCGGAAGAGCGCCGUGCAGAACCACCGCAUUUUCCGCGAGCUGCCCGGCCAGGUGUACGAUGCGUUCGACCAGUGCCAGCUGCUGCUGAAGGACAAGGACGCCAGUGUGUACAGCACCCAGGACCUGUAUGACGUGUGUGAACGGGUCAAGUGCAAGUCUCCGAACCGGAUCGGCUACUACUACGCGGGGCCGGCACUGGAGGGCACCUUCUGCGGCCGCGAGAGGUGGUGCAUCAGCGGCAGCUGCCGUGCAUGGUCGACGCCAGCGCCACCUAUCAUCCAGGGCGGCUGGAGCAGCUGGAACGUCUCAUCUUGCACCUCCGGAUGCAUCGAAAAGGCCACCGGCGUGGCGAUCUCGCGGCGGCGCUGCGACAACCCGAAGCCGCUGAACACAGAGCGCCGCUGCUCGGGCUCCAGCACCAACACCCAGUUCUGCGAGGACCGCGACAUCUGCCCCUACCGGCUCUCCGUCACACAGUACGCCUCGCAAAAGUGCCGCGAGCUCAGUCAGAUCGUCAAGGACAUCCGACCCGACGGCGAGGGCACUCAGGUGCCGCACUCUGACAGGAAGCCGUGGAGCGCGUGCUCCAUCUACUGCCGUCUGGACUCUGGCACGUGGUACACCCCUCGUCAGGACCUCAAUGACCAGGGGAUCAGCGCCUACUUCCCGGACGGCACCUGGUGUCACAACGACGGCCAGCGCGACUACUUCUGUCAGCUCAACGAGUGUAAACCCAAGGUGGCCGACCCGCCGCUGCCGGCUCGAGCCGCCGAGCCGGUCCCGCCCACCACCACCACCACACCCUUCUACCGGCCGGCGCCACGGCCCGACCCGACCACCCGCCGGCCUGCGCCGCGGCCCGACCCCACAACCCGCCGACCGGAGCCGUUCCGGAGCGACCGGGACAGCUUCGGGUCCAACCCCCGACCGGUACCGGCGAGCACCGAACGGCCACGACCGGUGGCCGGCCCGCCGCGCCCUACCGACACCUACCGGUCACAGGGGGAGGCUGAGAGAGACAGGUGGCAGCACCAGGAGCUGUCUGCGUCUCCGACUCGGUUUCCACCGAGGCCAAACCCGGCCGAUUGGCCGCCGCACAACAAUGCUAUUCACGGCGGAUUCGGCAACAAUAACAGGCCUCCGAGCAGCCCCUUCGGCAAUAACAACGGCCUCAGCAAUCCGUUCAGCAGCCCCGGUAACGCGCUGGGGCGGCCGAAGGAGGAGCUGCCCACCGGCGGGGGCGGCUGGUUCUUCAGCAGCGACCGGCCGGCCAGCACGGAGCGGCCGCUGCUGCCGUGGCUGUUCGGCGCCGUACCGCCGCGGCCCACCGAGGCGGCGCCCUCGGGCCGCUGGUUCUUCCCAGACGCGCUGCCGGUGGCCAGUACGACUGAGGCGAGCUGGCUGUUCGGCGGUGACCCCAGCCGGAUCCUGGACGGCGACUGGGCCGGAUCCCGGCUCCGCAGCCGCUCCACGGGGCCCGCCUGGGGCCGCGAGUCCCGCCGGCUGCUCGGCGAGCGCGCCGCCUGGUCAGGGAGCGCGCCGCAGGGCCAGCGGGGCGGCGGCGGCCGCAUCCGGUGGCCUGACGAGUCGCCGGAGCGGCCGGACCCUCGGCGGCGGGCUGACCUGGCGCGGCGCGACCCGGCGAGACAGGUGCCCCGGCAGCAGCGGCAGGCGCCGGAGACCGGCGGUGCCACCGGGGUGCGGUGGCCGGAGGGCGGUGAGUCGGCUCGGUGGCGGGUGCGGCCCACCAUGCCCACCCUGCCGCCGCCGACGGCACAGCGCCGGGCGGACGAGUCGGCCGCAGCGGGAGGCGGACUUCUGGCCAGCGUGACCGGCCUCUGGUGUCGGUUCGUCGGCACCUGCGACUGAGCGCCGCCGGAA